AUGGGAACGGCAGUUUCACUUCGCUUCGAAAAGUUUGUUGGGUUGGUUCAUGUAGGCUCCACGAGUGAUACAUGUUCCUUCUACUUCUCCAAGCAAAGCUCUUCGGAUUGCGCCUGUUUGAACAGCCUCAGUCAAUCCUGUCUCUCUUUGAUAAGAAUCAACCUUAUCUUUAUAAGAUCGAUCAAAAUCAUCAGAAGAAUCAUCAAUAUCAGAAGGAUCAUCAAUAUCAGAAGGAUCAUCAUCAGAAGAAAAUCUUUAUUGGUUCUACCUCCUAUUUUUGACUUUUAUGAAGAGAAUGAAUCUUUUUCUCGAAGGAUCAGAACAAAACGGGUCCGGAUCUCCUGCGGGAAUGAUUUGGAAGAUCCAAAACAGCCCGGCGGGACCGAGAGUAGUACAGCAGAUUCAAAGGGCGAAUAG